AUGAUUACGCUUUCUUCCAGCCUUCCCAUCAUCCGUGACCCCUCCAGCCCCGCUGUGCUCCUGCUUGCUUCUCAAACCCACUCGCACAGGCACACUGCUCACCAAGACACCACCCUUGACUUGAACCAUCUCGAAUUCUCCCCUUAUGUCCCCUGCUUACCCUCACGCGCUCUCCUUUCACUUACCCCUUUCACCUCUUGUUCCCACUCCUCCCCCCCCCUCCCCCUCUUCCUUUCCCCAGUUACCCUUACCUCCCCCCAUUCCCCUUACUCCACCCCUCGCCCCAUGCUCCCUUCCUCUUAUCUUACCCCUUUCCCCUUCCUUUACCCCACCCCUCCACCCUCCCCUUACCCUUCCCUUUCCCCUUGCCCGAUUCCAACUCUCGUACCCGUUUCCCCUUCCCUGACCCACUCCCCUUCCGCUCACCCCUUCCCUGUCUCCUUACUUAUUCCCCCUCUUUUUACCCCCUCCGUUUCUCCUUACAAACUCCCCCUCCCCUCACUCCCUCCCUUCACAUGUCGCUCUCAGGUCACUGUCAGGUCGCUCUCAGGUCGCUCUCAGGUCGCUCUCAGGUCGCUCUCAGGUCGCUCUCAGGUCGCUCUCAGGUCGCUCUCAGGUCGCUCUCAGGUCGCUCUCAGGUCGCUCUCAGGUCGCUCUCAGGUCGCUCUCAGGUCGCUCUCAGGUGGCUCUCAGGUCGCUCUCAGGUGGCUCUCAGGUCGCUCUCAGGUGGCUCUCAGGUCGCUCUCAGGUCGCUCUCAGGUGGCUCUCAGGUCGCUCUCAGGUCGCUCUCAGGUGGCUCUCAGGUGGCUCUCAGGUGGCUCUCAGGUGGCUCUCAGGUGGCUCUCAGGUGGCUCUCAGGUGGCUCUCAGGUGGCUCUCAGGUGGCUCUCAGGUGGCUCUCAAGUCGCUCUCAGGUGGCUCUCAGGUGGCUCUCAGGUCACUCUCAGGUCGCUCUCAGGUCGCUCUCAGGUCGCUCUCAGGUCGCUCUCGGGUCACCCUUGAUCUCAUCUCCCUGUCAUCCCAAUACCCCAUCACCUCAUUACCCCAUCACCUCAUUACCCCAUCACCUCAUUACCCCAUCACCCUAUUACCCCAUUACCACUCCCAUCAUCUUAUCACCCCAUCAUUCUCUUACCACGUCAUUCUAUUACCCCGCCCUCCCACCACCCCAUCCUCCCAUUACCCCAUCCUCCCAUUGCCCCAUCCUCCCAUUACCCCAUCCUCCCAUUACCCCAUCCUCCCAUUACCCCAUCCUCCCAUUACCCCAUCCUCCCAUUACCCCAUCCUCCCAUUACCCCAUCCUCCCAUUGCCCCAUCCUCCCAUUACCCCAUCCUCCCAUUACCCCAUCCUCCCAUUACCCCAUCCUCCCAGUACCCCAUCCUCCCAUUACCCCAUCCUCCCAUUACCCCAUCCUCCCAUUACCCCAUCCUCCCAUUACCCCAUCCUCCCAUUACCCCAUCCUCCCAUUGCCCCGUCCCCCAUUACCCCAGUGAGGAGCUUUGCUCAACGAUGGCAAUUUCUGACCACGUGGAUGCUGCUGAAUGGAAGUCUGCUGCUGCUGUUCUCCAAAAGUGA